CUGCCACUCCUACUCAUCAUCCCUGCUCUUCUGGACUUUGAGCUGCUGCCACCUGCUAACCUGCCUCGCCUCCCUCCUCCAACAUCAUGAUGGGCGCAGGCUCGGGUUUGUGGAGGCUUAUGCGAGGUGUCCGCCAGCUGGAGCUUCAUCGCCUGAUUCUGGCACUCAUCAUCUUCUGCCUGCUCUCCAUGGCCUUUCUAGCAUACUAUGUCUCCAACAGUCCCAAAAUCAAGGAGCCCCCACCUUUACCUUUCAGUGACUGUGGUGGAGGUGGGGGGAUGCCACAGGGUGUAAGCACUGGUGAAGCUGGUAAGGGGACAGUUGGCCAGAGGUCGCCCCUUUUACUUCCCAUGCGUCAGGAACGCCUACAACAAGUAAAGACAGUGGACAGUUCCAGGACCGAUCCUGUGGUCCUGGUGUUUGUGGAGAGCAUCUAUUCCCAGUUGGGUCAAGAAAUUAUCACGAUAUUAGAAUCAAGUCGCUUCCGCUACCGCACAGAAAUCGCUCCUGGUAAGGGUGACAUGCCCACUUUAACAGAACUUGACCACGGACGGUACACAUUGAUAAUCUAUGAAAAUGUGCUGAAGUACGUCAAUCUUGACGUGUGGAACCGUGAUCUGCUGGACAAGUACUGUCUUGAGUAUGGAGUGGGUAUCAUUGGUUUCUUCAAGGCUACUGAAAACUCCCCUCUCAGUGCCCAGCUGAAAGGUUUCCCCCUCUUUCUUUAUUCCCACCUGGAACUCAGGGAUUACCGUAUAAACCCCACUGCUCCUCUACUUUACAUCACCAAGCCCAACCAGGUGGAGCAGGGCUCCCUGCCUGGGGAUGAUUGGACCAUUUUCCAGUCUAACCACUCGACGUAUGAACCGGUGCUUCUGGCCUCCACCAAAUCCUCCGAGGCUCUGGCUCAGUUUGGACCCAGCCCUCUGCAGACCCUCCAUGCUACGGUGGUCCAGGACUUGGGGCUCCAUGAUGGCAUUCAAAAAGUUAUAUUUGGAAAUAACCUUAACUACUGGCUUCACAAGCUGGUGUUUGUAGAUACCAUCGCCUACCUUACAGGAAAGAGGCUGUGCUUAUCAUUGGACCGUUACGUCUUGGUGGACGUGGAUGAUAUUUUUGUGGGCAAAGAGGGAACUCGUAUGAAGGUGUCUGAUGUGGAGGCUUUGCUCAGUAUUCAAAAUAAGAUGAGGGCACUGGUGUCUAAUUUCACCUUCAACUUGGGAUUUUCAGGGAAGUUUUAUCACACAGGUACUGAUGAGGAGGAUCGUGGAGACGACAUGCUGCUGCAGCACAGGAAGGAGUUCUGGUGGUUCCCUCACAUGUGGAGCCACAUGCAGCCUCAUCUAUUUCACAAUGUCAGCGUUUUGGCUGAGCAGAUGAAGCUCAACAAGAUAUUUGCUCAGGAGCAUGGUAUCCCAAUAGAUAUGGGCUAUGCGAUCGCGCCGCACCACUCGGGGGUCUAUCCUGUUCACAGCCAGCUGUACGAAGCGUGGAAGUCUGUGUGGGGGAUCAAGGUGACCAGCACUGAAGAAUACCCCCACCUGAGGCCUGCACGUUACCGCCGCGGCUUCAUUCAUAAUGGGAUCCAGGUGUUGCCCAGGCAGACUUGUGGUCUGUUCACCCACACCAUCUUCUACAACGAGUACCCCGGAGGCUCAAAGGAGCUGGACAAGAGCAUCCGAGGAGGAGAACUCUUCCUCACUGUUCUCCUAAACCCUAUAAGCAUCUUUAUGACUCAUCUGUCUAACUACGGCAACGAUCGCCUCGGUCUGUACACCUUUGAGUCUUUGGUGAAGUUCAUCCAGUGUUGGACCAACCUCAGGCUGCAGACGCUGCCCCCUGUCCAGCUCGCUGAAAAAUACUUCCAGAUUUUCUCAGAGGAAAGAACCCCACUCUGGCAGAACCCUUGUCACGACAAGAGACAUAAAGACAUUUGGUCCAAAGAAAAGACCUGUGACAGACUCCCCAAAUUCCUCAUCAUCGGACCACAGAAAACAGGCACCACAGCACUUCAUUCAUUCCUGAGCCUCCACCCAGCAAUUACCAGCUCCUUCCCCAGCCCCACCACCUUUGAAGAGAUCCAGUUCUUUAAUGGAGCGAACUACGAAAAUGGGAUUGACUGGUACAUGGAGUUCUUCCCGUUUCCCUCCAACAUCAGCACAGACUACAUGUUUGAGAAGAGUGCCAGCUACUUUGACUCAGAAGUGGCCCCUAAACAAGCCGCAGCCCUGCUGCCCAAAGCUAAAAUCCUGGCUGUCCUCAUCAACCCAUCCGACAGAGCUUAUUCCUGGUAUCAGCACCAACGGGCCCACCAGGACCCAGCAGCACUCAACAACACUUUCCAUGCAGUAAUGACGGCAGGCCCCUCAGCUCCCAGAGUCUUACUGGGUCUUCAGAGACGCUGCCUUUAUCCUGGAGUCUAUGCUGCUCACCUGGAGCGCUGGCUGCAGUACUACCAGCCCAGCCAGUUUAAAAACUGA